AUGGUCUGCGCCAGGCACCAGCCCGGCGGGCUCUGCCUCCUGCUGCUGCUACUCUGCCAAUUCAUGGAAGACCGCAGCGCCCAGGCUGGGAAUUGCUGGCUCCGCCAAGCCAAGAACGGCCGCUGCCAGGUCCUGUAUAAGACAGAACUGAGCAAGGAGGAGUGUUGCAGCACCGGCCGGCUGAGCACCUCGUGGACCGAGGAGGAUGUGAACGACAAUACUCUCUUCAAGUGGAUGAUUUUCAACGGGGGCGCCCCCAACUGCAUCCCUUGUAAAGAAACGUGUGAGAAUGUGGACUGUGGACCCGGGAAAAAGUGCCGAAUGAACAAGAAGAACAAACCCCGCUGCGUCUGUGCCCCAGACUGUUCCAACAUCACCUGGAAGGGUCCAGUGUGUGGGCUCGAUGGGAAAACCUACCGCAACGAAUGUGCUCUCCUCAAGGCCAGAUGUAAAGAGCAGCCGGAACUGGAAGUCCAGUACCAGGGCAAAUGUAAAAAGACUUGCAGGGAUGUUUUCUGUCCAGGCAGCUCCACUUGUGUGGUGGAUCAGACCAAUAAUGCCUACUGUGUGACCUGUAAUCGGAUUUGCCCGGAACCCUCAUCUUCAGAGCAGUCCCUUUGCGGGAACGAUGGUGUGACUUACUCCAGUGCCUGCCACCUGAGAAAGGCCACCUGCUUGCUGGGCAGAUCCAUUGGAUUAGCCUAUGAGGGAAAGUGUAUCAAAGCAAAGUCUUGUGAAGACAUCCAGUGCGGUGGUGGAAAAAAAUGCCUAUGGGAUUUCAAGGUUGGCAGAGGUCGCUGCUCUCUCUGCGAUGAGCUGUGCCCGGACAGUAAGUCGGAUGAGCCCGUCUGUGCCAGCGACAAUGCCACGUACGCCAGCGAGUGUGCCAUGAAGGAAGCCGCCUGCUCCUCCGGCGUACUGCUUGAAGUGAAGCACUCCGGAUCUUGCAACUCCAUCUCGGAAGAAACGGAGGAAGAGGAGGAAGAGGAAGACCAGGACUACAGCUUCCCUAUCUCUUCCAUUCUAGAAUGGUAAACUGUCCAGCAGUGUGCAGUGUUGACAGAGCCUUUGGGCAAAACAAAACACAGCAAAAAAAAAAAAAAAAAAAAAAAAAAAAAAAAAAAAAAGGCAAGAAAAAAAGAUAGAAAAGAAAAUUAAGAAAAAGAAAAAAUAUAUUGUUCAUAAUGUAAA